AUGAAAGCCGUACUCGUGGCGCUGAUCCUUACCGCCUGCGCUGCUGCGCUACCUUUGGGUGGUGUAGCAAUCGAUCCGGUCACAUCCGCCAAGCAGAUCGCCAAGGUCAAAGCUGUCGAUAACCUUGUUCCGCGCUUAUACGCCAGGGAGCGAGAUAUUGCAAGUCACUCUGUUCAGUCGCGGGAGCAACCGCCCGAAUUCGACUUUGAGCAGCCCAACGCAUUUUCGCGCGCCUUCGCGCGGUCCUACUACGCCAUUGAGCCGCGAGAGAAACCUCGCACGCGCGGUGGCCGCUUUCCGCGGGAACUCGAGCAUGAGGACGCACCGGAGACUGAGUCUCAUCCCAAGCACAAGGGUACACACGCCUUUCUCGGCGGCGGUGGCGGGACCAAUCGACCUGUCAAUCAGCUUGCCGACUUUACCGAGCUCUGA